UUUACUACAAAACUUUCACUCUCUAUUCCACAGUCACUCGCACCCAGAAUUUUAUAGAUGGUCGUAGUUUUCACAUACGCUUUCGUUUCUUUCUUAUCCCUUAUCUUCUCGUACAUUUUCAUGAAGGGAAACAAGGGAGGAGAAGAAGAGCCCCAUGAUCAUGGUCAUGAGAGUAGGGCUCAGCUCCCUCCAGGUUCAUUUGGCUGGCCUUAUAUCGGAGAGACUCUUCAGCUCUAUUCUCAGGACCCAAACACUUUCUUCUCUACCAGACAGAAAAGGUAUGGGAAAAUAUUUAAAACCCAUAUACUUGGAUCUCCAUGUGUGAUGCUGGCGAGCCCGGAGGCUGCAAAGUUUGUAUUGGUUACUCAUGCUCACUUGUUCAAGCCCACCUAUCCUAAAAGCAAAGAGGGUCUGAUUGGUCCCUCCGCAUUAUUUUUCCACCAAGGAGAUUACCAUAUCAGACUGAGGAAGCUUGUUCAGGGAUCACUUAGCCUUGAUGCUAUUCGGAAUUUGGUGCCGCAUAUUCAUUCCACGGCGGCCUCUGUGACCUCGGAGUCAUGGGGCAACGGGAAAGUCAUCAACACCUUCCAUGAGAUGAAGAAGCUUUCUUUUGAAGUUGGAAUACUAGCAAUUUUUGGCCAUUUGGAGACCCGUUAUAAAGAUGAACUCAAGACUAACUACAUGAUAUUGGAAAAAGGCUACAAUUCAUUUCCCACAAACAUUCCUGGAACACCAUACAGAAAGGCUUUGCUGGCGAGGAAGAGACUUGGACACAUUCUCGGUGACAUUAUUCAUGACAGAAAGGAGAAGAGAUUACCUAAAAAGAAUCUCUUGGGAUGUUUGCUGAGCUCAAUAAACGAAGGAGGGGAAGUUUUGAGUGAUGACCAAAUCGCAGACAACAUAAUAGGAGUGCUCUUUGCUGCUCAAGAUACCACUGCCAGUGUCAUGACCUGGAUUACCAAGUACCUCCACGACGACCCCAAAAUUCUAGAAGCUGUCAAGGCCGAACAAAAUGUAAUUCGCUUAUCAAAUGAACAAGCAGGUAACCAACCAUUGAGUUGGGCACAGACUAGAAGCAUGCCAAUUAGUUAUAAGGUUGUGUUGGAGAGUUUGAGAAUGGCAAGCGUUAUAUCGUUCCUCUUUAGGGAGGCUGUGGUUGAUGUCGAAUACAAAGGUUACUUGAUUCCAAAAGGUUGGAGAGUGAUGCCUUUGUUCAGGAACAUUCAUCAUAAUCCUGAAUUCUUCACCGACCCUCAGAAAUUCGCUCUUUCUAGAUUCGAGGUUGCACCAAAGCCAAAUACAUUCAUGCCAUUUGGCAGUGGAGUUCAUGCUUGUCCAGGAAAUGAGCUUGCUAAGCUGGAAUUACUGAUUAUGAUCCACCAUUUAGUUACCAAAUUCAGGUGGGAAAUUGUGGGAUCCCAAAGCGGGACUGAGUAUAGUCCAUUUCCUGUGCCUCUGAAUGGAUUACCGGUAAAACUUUGGAAGUUAGAAUACGACAUGGCUCUCCAUCCCUCCCCAAAUUAACCUCAUCUAGCUUCUUCUCACAUUCCAUAUUCUACUAGGCCAAGGCAUUUUUCAUCUGUAUUCUCUCUGUUUGCUCCCAUCCUAAUAUUGCCGGGGGGUAGUAAGAUGCCCUUCAUUUAUUUUCUAAUAUUGCCGGGGGGUAGUAAGAUGCCCUUCAUUUAUUUUCUUUUCGUCCCAAAAUUUUGGUGUUGCAAUUAAUCCUUGUCAUUCUAGAGGUGUAUUGAUCUUUUAUUCGAAAAAGAAGUGUACUGUCUCU